UGUGACGCGUGGGCGUGCGGGCCGUCCUGGAGCCAUGAGGGCGCCAUGAGCAGGCCAUGAGUCACCGUGCCGAGGAGGAGCAGCUGUACCGCCAGUCGCGGGAGCUUCCUCCAACCAACAGAGACUACGGCAAUGGUGAUGAGUGCGGGGGUUCCAAUCCCCUGGCCACCCUGCCCCCCGCCUCCCUGGCCCUCGGCCACUGCUCCGACACGGACGACACGGAGGGCGGCAACAACUCGGACCCGGAGCACCCCAACAACCGCUUCUCGCUGCAAAACUUUGGCGCGGCAAUGCGGCACUCCCGCAGCAAGCCGCAGGGCGUGCCGGACCCCUACUACCCCAUCUACCUGCCCAUCGACCAGGCCUUCAAGGCCAAGUACGUGUUCCACCACAAGCGCGGCAAGAGCUUCCAGGAGCGCGUCUACGUGUUCCUGGAGCACCCCGGCGGAUGGAUCUGCUUCUUCUACCACUUCUCAGUGUUCCUGCUCGUGCUCGUCUGCCUCAUUUUCAGUGUGCUGUCCACGAUAGACACGUACAGCGACUUCGCCAACGAGACGCUCUUCUGGAUGGAGAUAUGGCUCGUCAUGUUCUUCGGCGUCGAGUACCUGGUGCGGCUGUGGUCCGCGGGCUGCCGGUCCAAGUACAUGGGCUUCUGCGGCCGUCUGCGCUUCGUGCGGAAGCCCAUCUGCAUCAUCGACCUGAUCGUGGUGGUGGCGUCCAUCGUGGUGCUGUCCGUGGGCUCCAACGGCCAGGUGUUCGCCACGUCCGCCAUCCGGGGCAUCCGCUUCCUGCAGAUCCUGCGCAUGCUGCACGUGGACCGGCAGGGCGGCACCUGGCGGCUGCUGGGCUCCGUCGUCUUCAUCCACCGCCAGGAGCUCAUCACGACGCUGUACAUCGGCUUCCUGGGCCUCAUCUUCAGCAGCUACUUCGUGUACCUGGCCGAGAAGGACGCGACGGGGCCGGACGGCAAGACGGACUUCGCCAGCUACGCGGACGCGCUCUGGUGGGGCGUGAUUACCGUGACAACAAUCGGAUACGGAGACGCUGUGCCCCAGACGUGGAUGGGGAAGAUUGUGGCCUCCUGCUUCAGCGUGUUCGCCAUCUCGUUCUUCGCUCUGCCCGCGGGCAUCCUCGGCUCGGGCUUCGCGCUCAAGGUGCAGCAGAAGCAGCGCCAGAAGCACUUCAACCGGCAGAUCCCCGCGGCCGCCAUGCUGCUGCAGUGCCUGUGGCGGUGCUACGCCGCCGACAAGUCCUUCAACUCGCACGCCACCUGGAGCAUCUACUGCAAGGACCUGGACCUUCAGGGGGGCGGCGGCGUGGCCGCGGCCCUGGGGCUGGACAGCCAGCCCGCCCCCGCCCCCCUCGGCAAGUCUUUGAUGAUCCAGGUGGCCAAGAAGGCCAGCGUGCUGAAGCGGCGCAACACCAAGCAGCGCAUGGAGUCACGUGACUCUCCGUGCGGCACGCCCUCGGCCGCGGCCGCCACCGCCGCCACCACGCCGGCCACCCCCGCCACCGCCACCACCAACUCCACCGCCCUGGUGGGCACGCCGUCCGGGACGCUGGGGGAGGGCGCUCGCCGCGACAGCGAGGGCGACGUCGUCUUCUACAUCGACGACGCGUCCAAGGCCGGCACGCCGAGCAGCCUGGCCAGGGCGGACGGCCGCAUGUUCCCCAGCCAGACCAGCUCCGUGACGGAGGCCGCCUCGGACGAGAUGGACUGCGACAUGCUGGACGAGCCGCAGCGCGUCACACUUCUGACGGAGGCGCACCGCAACGCCAUACGUGCCAUCAGGAAGAUCAAGUACUUCGUGGCGCGGCGCAAGUUCCAGCAGGCGCGCAAGCCCUACGACGUGCGGGACGUGAUCGAGCAGUACAGCCAGGGCCACCUCAACAUGAUGGUCAGGAUCAAGGAGCUCCAGCGCCGCCUGGACCAGACUCUGGGCAAGCCCGGCAUGGACCGCUCCGGCAACCUCAAGCCCAUGACGAUCGGCGCCAGGCUGUUCCGCCUGGAGCAGCAGAUGUCGGGCAUGGAGAGGAAGACGGACAACAUCCUGUCGCUGCUGCAGCUUGUGGCCCAGAAGCACGGCCUCACGCCGCCACCACGAUCACCCACACUGCGGGAGGAGAUGGUGGAGCGCACCGCGUAGGACCCUCUAUUUUCUUCCUAUGAUCUCAAAGCUAUAUUUUUAUUAUUUUGUUCCUCUUGUCAAAGGUACCGGAGAAAUUUUGGCAUUCGUUUAUUGUAGCCAUUAUUCAUAAAAAUGUAUAUUCCAGCACCAAAACAAACCAUGUAUGCACGGUCCUAUAUAUGCUUGAUGUAAUGUAAGGCAAUAUUCCAUGAAACUUAGCUGUAGAAGAGUUCAUCUUAAAUGCUCAAGCGAUAUGUCGUUUUAAUCAAAUGAAUCGUGUGAACCUUUUUCUCCUUUAAAGGUAAUUCUCUCAAAUUGCACAAUUAUAUAGUUAUAUGGGUACAGAGUAUACUCUUUGUUAUGAAAGGACUCAGCAGAAGGGCGUCACACAUGUUUAGAAAAUCUCCCAUUUGGUAGAAAUAUUUGUAACUUCCCCAGCGUUGUGGUAUCAGUUCUUUGCCACAGCUGGGCCAAUGAACAUCGACACUUUGUAAGACCCUUGUUAAUAAUGUACUCUUUCGUAUUGCCAUUGAUCUGAGCUUCAUCCCUGCGUAUUCCAUAUUUUCCUUGUUCUUUGGUCCUGGUGCCUUUAAUCUUUUUUGUGACAUCUAUGUACAAUAAUCUGAGCUAGUUGAUACUGUUUCAUAUUGCCACGACCCUUUUUUUAAAACAAUUUUUAAUAGUUUGAUAAAUUUUAAAAUUUUCGCGGAUUCCACUUCUAGUUAUCAUGGCUGGUGUCAUCACCAGCCGUCUUUUUGGUGUCUGUUUUAAAACACAGUUACUCUUAGAUACUCAAAUAAUACUCUCAAUUCUUCCAUUAGUGUUAAAAAACAAUUUCACCCGAGGUAAUAUAAGAAAAUUAUCUGCGAUAUGUGGAAAGAGCUGGGUAGAUAGGACCACUUCUAGUGCAUAUUUUUGCGUUUUGAGACAAACAGAGCGCAACAGCAGAGUCAACCAUGAUUUCUUGGGUUAAUCUUAACCUUAUUUGAGUAGAGAAAUGUUGAUUUCUUCUUUGCGUUCUUAGUCCAGAAUGCUCGAAUAAUUCUAUCGACUGACUAUUUUGAGUAAGAAUCAUUAUGUAUCUAUCUUCUUGCGUAAACCUUUAUAUGAGAAUGUUUCAGCUCGACAUGUCAACCAUUUGGUUGUGUUUCGCUCUCGGGACAUUGGUCUCUAGAUGGCCUCCUGGAAAGUACGAAUUCCGAGUGAAUACUUGCAUUUAAGUUUCCGGCGACAAAACUACUUCUUAUCUGUCGCACUUCCAAUGCUUCCAAACUUUCAAGUCCGCUGCCUUGUAGUAUUUUUGUUGCACUUGGUUGACAGCGUAGCGAAGUCAAAUGACCAGUAAAAGUCGAAGGACGGGUAAGUCGAGCCCAAAGUGAUCCUGAAGUAUCGAAAACCGAAAACAGCUUUGAUACACAACGUCCGGUUUCAUCGCAAGUGUAGACCAAUGCGGGAAACGCCCGUUUGAUUUGUUGCAAUUAAGGUAAUAAACGCCGAAAAGAGUUAUCUCGUGUGCAUGGUAUAAAUUUUUAAAACAAUUACAUUACAAUUAUUUAAAAUUCGGUGCGACAAGUUUUGCGUCAACAGAGGGAACAAAAUAAUGGACAAGUUAAAAAGAAUAUUGGUCGUAGUCGGUCGAUUUGGUGUGCAUAUGACGUGAUAAAUUUUCACUGUAUCGUGGGUCCAUAGCUUUGCUACUGUAGAAUUGUGUUGGGAUCAAGUCGUAUACAUACAGGCAAGUCAGUGGGCCGCCACUCACCGAUCUAUGAGCGGCUGUAUCACGCGCACCAUGGUAUUAAUGAUAUUUUUACAAAGGCACUUGUCUCUGUCACAAUAAUAGAUCGUCAUUAUAAUGACGUGAUGGCACGCAGUCAUGUAUUUGUACGUUUCGUCACUCUACUGUAUUGCACUUUACUUCAAGUUACUCAUUUUAAGAAAGAUUUUAUUAUUGAAUUUUAUUAAUUAUCGUGAUGUUUUUAAGAAAAUAAUCUUAUCUUCGUCAUAUUUUCUUACGCACUGGAGGCUGAGUAACUAUAUUCUUACACAGAUCUUGUACAUAUCAAAUCUUCAGCAUUUUCUUACGCAAACGACCUUGUGGUCGCCACGUAUUUACUCUGUAGUUUGUUAGAAAAUUAGUCGAAUGUUGGAGAAUUUUGUCUCCCUUUGAAGUAUUUGGAACCAAUUUUGUGGUCAGCAAUAAUAAGUACGUAUUAUUUAAAGUUUUGUGUAUUUCGUAAAUGAGACAGCGGGAUCUUGUUACCCUCCGAUAUGAAAAAAUAUUACUUCGUUGCGAUAUCUGCAGUGGAGGCAGCACAGCCCCUGACCCACCAACCGCGGCCUCUUAGCGGGCUGCCUACCCAACAGGCGCCCUAGCACAUUUCACAAAAAGAAAAAUGCUUGCUUUUUGGCAGUGUAGUUGGUAAUCGUUUUCUCAAAAGUAAAACCUAUUUUAUUUUGGUAUAGAUGGUGUAGAUACUCUUUUGACCUGGGGCCAGGGGUAAUCUUGCGGGGAGGCAUUUUUUCAAAUUAGACAACACGUCGCUCUUUUCUAGGACCUUUGCUCAACACCCAAGGCUAGAAGACAGAUAAAGGGCGAUUCUGAUUGUGGUCUUCAUGAAUAUAAGUAGUAGUCUGACGUAGAAUACAAUGUCCCCUUUCGUCAGUGCAGCUAUCUCCACACAAUCCAAUGCAGGGUUCUUGUUUCUUGGAGUUGUCCAACUUUCAUGCCUCUGUGAUCUAUGCACAAUAAUUUUUCCCGGCUAAAGUGGCUUUUUCUAUCUUGUUCCCCAUUUCAAAUUUACUGUUUAACCUGAUCCAUGUAAUUACCACGUUUUUACAGUCGACGUGCCUUUACAUAUUCUGGCGAUGUAAAACUCGCUCAGAGGUAUGGUUUGUUUGUUGGCUUCGGGUUCCUUCGGUUAGCGUAGAUGAUGAUGAGACCACGUGAAGGGUUGUGUUAAUGAGUACAAACACUUAUAAUUUAUUUUAAAACUGUUUAAUAAAUUUGAUGCUUCAUUGUGAGUCAACAGGAUCUUUCCUGACUGUAAAAAUGUGUAUGUUUCUGAUAUUAAUUUCAGCUUUUGUCUUUAUUUCACUCAAUCAAACUCAGUCAAAGAAAUUUCCCGAGCGAUGAAACAAAAUGAUGUCAAUUGAGCCAUCUUUGCCACUAUGAAAAAUUCAAUUUUGAACUAGACGGCCUACGUGGCUUUCCGACACAGCAGACAAAGAUUUGGUGCCCGCUUUAGGACCAUCCUUGGCACUCUGUGAUCGUGAAAUUUCAUUCUGUGAUAUGUAUUUGUUAUGGAUUUCUGUAAUUUUGUAGUCGUAAAUGUGACGCGCAUGCGUGGAUGUCGACCAUGCCCUCAGCGAACUUUUAGUACCUUCCAAGGAGGUAAAACGGAGGUACAAAACGAAUAAGCACAAUGCCUGCAAAAGUCAGAAAGAAAACUUUACGUUGGAGGCGCUCUCUAAGAAUAGGCUCCUCUUCUCUGCUCCUCUUCUGCUUUCUAUCCUUUCCCCUUAUCUCCUUGUGGGGACAACUCCGAGCGGGCCGACAAAGGCCCAAAGAUCGUCCAAGGCGAUGUGCCGCGUUUGUGUUGGAGCCGAGAAUGUAUUUAGCCAUAAUUAGUGUUUGCUCUCUAUAACAAUACUGUGAAGUUUAAAAUGUUUAUCAAUGUUAAAGGAUAUCUCAAAGAGUGGGUGUUGGCUUUGGAUUGGACUUGAUUUUAUUGGUGUGUUGUGAUGUGAAAAAAGAGGGGAGCAUUCGUAGUAAGGCUGAGCCUUACAGCCUCCACUCCAGUGUGUUGUAUUUGUGUCGAUUGCGUGUUCAGUCCAAGUUUUCACCUGCUGUAGCUGAUUUGAGGAAAACAGAUGUAUAUGUUGUAUGGAGAGAUGCGAUGCAAUAAAAUAAUGACUUCAGAAA